ACCCCCCUCUUUGAUUCCCUUUUCAAAACUCUCCAUUACCACACCACACACAGACCUUCCUCUCUCUUUCUCUCACAAAUAAACUCCAAUUCUAUUUGUUAUCAUUAUCCUCAUCAUCGUUAUUGUUAUCACUAACAAAACAAUGCAGUCCUCCGCGGAGGAAGGCUCCGGCAACUCCGCCACCGCCGGCACGGAGUGGACGUUCUCCGCAAAGUCCCAUGCGCCCUCCUCGGACCCCUCCUGGGACGCCAUACAGCGCUGCGGUGGCGCCACCCUGGCACUCGGCGACCUCCGCUUUGUGCAGCGCGUGGGGAGCGGUGACAUCGGAAGCGUCUACUUGGUGGAGCUCAAGGGCUCCAACGGUUGCCUCUUUGCGGCCAAGGUGAUGGACAAGAAGGAACUCGUUGCCAGGAACAAAGACAGGAGAGCUAAGGUCGAGAGAGAGAUAUUACAAAUGGUGGAUCAUCCUUUUUUGCCUACUCUUUAUGCCUCUCUCGAUUCGCCUCGCUGGUCUUACCUCCUCACCGAGUUCUGCCCCGGCGGCGACCUCCACGUCCUCCGCCAGCGCCAGCCCGAUAAACGCUUCCACCACGCCGCCGUUAGGUUCUACGCAUCUGAAGUAGUGGUUGCGUUGGAGUACCUACACAUGAUGGGGAUAAUAUACCGUGAUUUGAAGCCUGAAAACGUGCUCAUAAGAUCAGACGGUCACAUAAUGCUCACAGACUUUGACCUAUCAUUAAAAGGUAACGAUACCACAUCAACGGCUCAGAUCGUGUUUGAUGAAGAUCGACCCAGCAACACCGGUAGUAACGAACAUUCCAAGAACAUGUCAUCAUGCAUGUUGCCGAAUUGCAUGGUCCCAUCGGUCCCAUGCUUCCAUCCAAAGCAAGGUGGUAGCAAGAGGUCCUCUCGCAGUGGGUCCCUUGAGAUCAUAGCAGAGCCAAUAGAAGUUCGAUCAACGUCGUUCGUUGGGACCCACGAGUACUUGGCGCCAGAAGUGAUUUCGGGGGAAGGUCAUGGGAACGGCGUUGAUUGGUGGACAUUGGGUGUGUUCAUUUUUGAAAUGUUCUAUGGGAUGACACCCUUCAAGGGACUUGAGCAUGAGCUAACCCUAGCCAACAUAGUGGCUCGAGCCCUUGAGUUUCCUAAGGAGCCGAUGAUCCCUGGAGCAGCCAGGGAUUUGAUCUCACAACUUUUGGUGAAGGACUCAAGAAUGAGACUAGGGUCUAGAAUGGGUGCCGUGGCAAUUAAGCACCAUCCAUUUUUCAACGGGGUCAAUUGGCCAUUGUUGAGGUGUGCUACCCCUCCCUACAUCCCUUCAUCAGACAAGUGCAAGGAGUUGCUUCCUCUCUAUAAUUGCACAAACAACGCUCUAGACUUCUAUUAGAAGCCAGAAGGGUAUAUAUAUAUAUACAACUCCACCUUCACAACUGACACGCUUCAUAUUCAAAUUAAACAACUACCAUAUAUGGGAUUACUAAAAUCUGAAAGAUUAUAAAAACAUUGUGUGGAUUUUGUGUAAUUAAUUAAUUAUAGCUGUGUAAAAUAAAUCUCUCCUAUUGCAAAAAGCAAAGAAGCAGAUCGAUCAAUGGGCAUGUGUUAGGUGCUUAUGAUCUAUAUGUGCCCUCAACUGGAGUUGGCCUAGUUAACAAAUUUAUUUAAUUUUUAGAAAGGGGUGAACAAAUAAUUUCAAAUUAUUCAUUGGAUACCGGUUUUUAAUGUUAUGAAAAGGAAAAGACGUGAAAAUAA